AUGUCUAAAAACAAAAAAGCUGAAGGAGUUGCUGUCGGUAUUGAUCUAGGAACUACCUAUUCUUGUGUAGGUGUUUUUUAAAACGAUAGAGUAGAAAUAAUUGCUAAUGACUAAGGAAAUAGAACAACUCCAUCUUAUGUUGCUUUCACAGAUACUGAGAGACUUAUAGGAGAUGCUGCUAAAAACUAAACAGCUAGAAACCCUACAAAUACAAUAUUUGAUGCCAAAAGAUUGAUUGGAAGAAAAUUUAGUGAUCCAAUAGUUUAAAAAGACAUUAAAUUAUGGCCAUUUAAAGUAGAAGCUGGUAUUGAUGACAAGCCUUUAAUUGUUGUUAAAUUUAAAGGAGAAACAAAAAAAUUCCAUGCUGAAGAAAUAUCAUCAAUGGUUCUUACAAAAAUGAAAGAAACAGCAGAAGCAUUCGUUUCCUAACCUGUUAAGAAUGCAGUUAUUACUGUUCCUGCUUAUUUUAAUGAUUCAUAAAGAUAAGCCACAAAAGAUGCUGGUGCUAUAGCAGGAUUAAAUGUUCUCAGAAUCAUAAAUGAGCCUACUGCUGCAGCUAUUGCUUACGGAUUAGAUAAAAAGUAAUAAGGCGAAAAGAAUAUUUUAAUUUUUGAUUUGGGUGGAGGUACCUUCGAUGUAUCUCUUUUAACAAUUGAUAAUGGCUUUUUCGAAGUGAAAGCCACUGCUGGUGAUACACAUUUAGGAGGAGAAGACUUUGAUAACAAGCUAGUAGAGUUUUGUGCAUAAGAGUUCUAAAAGAGAAAGUCUAUUGAUAUUAGGAAUAAUCCAAGAGCUAUGAGAAGACUCAGAACUCAAUGUGAAAGAGCAAAAAGAAUUUUGUCUUCUUCUGCUCAAGCAACAAUUGAAGUAGAUGCUUUAGCUGAAUCAGAAGACUUUAAUUAUUCUAUCUCUCGUCCAAAAUUUGAAGAGUUAUGCUUACCCUUAUUCUAAUAAUGUAUCCCACCUGUUGAAAAGGUGUUGAAAGAUUCAGGAAUAUCUAAAAGCUAAGUCCACGAAGUUGUUUUGGUAGGUGGUUCCAGCCGUAUUCCUAAAGUUAUAGAAAUGAUAAAAGAUUUCUUUAAUGGUAAAGAACCAAAUCGUUCUAUCAAUCCAGAUGAAGCUGUGGCAUAUGGUGCUGCUGUAUAGGCUGCAAUUCUAACUGGUUCUAACUCAUCAUCUAUUUAAGACGUUAUUCUAGUAGAUGUUACACCUCUUUCCUUAGGCAUAGAGACUUCUGGUUAAGUAAUGACAGUUUUGAUUCCUAGAAACACACCAAUCCCAACAAAAAAAUCAUAAGUUUUCUCAACAUACGCUGAUAACCAAACUAGUGUCCUUAUAUAAGUGUUUGAGGGUGAAAGAUAAUUAACUAAAGAUAACCACCUUCUUGGCAAGUUCGGAUUGGAGGGAAUUUCUCCUGCUCCUAGAGGAGUGCCUAAAAUUGAAGUUUCAUUCGAUAUUGAUGAAAAUGGUAUCUUAAACGUUUCAGCUGUAGACUAAGCUACAAGCAAAUCUAAUAAAAUUACUAUUACUAACUAAAAAGGAAGAUUUAGCUAGGAUGAAAUUGAAAAAUUAGUAAAAGAAGCUGAGUAGUAUAAAGAAUAAGAUGAGUAAAUCAAGAAAAAAAUAGAUGCUAAAAAUAGUCUAGAAAAUUAUACUUAUUCAGUAAGAAACUCACUAAAUGACGAGAAAAUCAGAGAGAAAAUAUCUUAAGAAGAUAAGAGAUAAGUCUAAAACCUAGUUGAAUCAACUUAAAGAUGGAUAGAAUCAAACUCAGAUGCUUCUCCAGAAGAGUACUAAAAUAAAUAAAAGGAACUUGAAAAUAUAUUUAAUCCUAUUAUGAUGAAAGUGUAUCAACAAAGUAGUUAAGCAGGACCUAGUGAAAACAAUUAUUAAAAUUCUUAAUCAUCAAAUAAUACUCAUUCUGACGAAGUUGAUUGA